UGUGUGAUGUCCACUAGCGCCGCGUGGAUUUAUGUCUCCAACUAAAAACGUGAUUUCACUUUCCCGCAUCUGCGCUUGGCCACCCUGCCAGUGACGUUUCAGUCGUACAUACACGUGCGCAGAAGUUAAUUAAUGGAUUAAACGUGACGAAAAGGUGGAAGACCGAACGUUGAGAUGUGCUGUGACAAGAAUACAAUUUUUGAUGUAUAGAGAUGAAGAGUUCGAGACGCGUUACAGCGUUCGACUGCAUUUAACAGGACUCGGAACAAGGGAAUCGAUAAAUGUGAGUUCGAAUUGUAGAAGAAAGUCCAGACCGUAAACGAGAAGAAAAUGAGUGCUGGCGAACAUAAGGGUUGCGAGAUCGAAGAUAUCGAAAAUUCGGAUGAAAGUGACAGACCAUCUGGGGAAAGAUGGGCGCCAGUUGGAGCGAACGACGGUGACAAUGAUUUCGCCUACGAAUAUAAAUAUGUCGAUAAUAUGGAGAAUUUGUCCUAUGACAUGGAAAGGCUAAAAGUGCUCGAAGAGGAGCAAGAGAUGCUUAAUUCGUCCCUUAUAGCACUAACUACUCAUUUUGCCCAGGUUCAGUUUCGUUUACGACAGAUCGUGGAUGCACCUGCUAAUGAAAAAGAAACAUUGCUCAAAGAAUUAGAAGAGUUUGCUUUUAGAGGGAUUCCUGAUGUUCCAAAUGAUUUGUCACUCGAUAGUAGAUCAAUUACACCAACUUCUCCAAUAUCCUGCAAGCAAAGCAUAUCUGGGGUAAUUAAUGAUGUUGAUGUUGAAUCUAAAAUGGCACUGCAAAGAACAAAACAGAAAGAACUGAUUUGUCAGCUAAAAUCUCAAUUAGAGGACCUAGAGAAAUAUGCCUAUGAAACUGGUGAUGCAGAUUUACCGCAAAGCAUGAUAUUAGAAAGACAGAGUAUCAUAAUCAAUCAUUUAAAAGAAAAGUUAAAUUUUAACAUUGACGACCUCUGUAAAUUACCAGUUGACGAUUUAAGAUGGCAAGUAGAUUAUGCUAUAAGUCAGAUCGUUAGUCCUUUAAAAAUGAAAGAACAACUAGUUUCUCAAUUGAAAACACAAAUUACAGAUUUAGAACGCUUUAUAAAUUACCUGCAGGGAGAAGUUAGUACAGAAACUUUGGCGUGUACUUGUGCUUGUCCAAUACACAGUAGCGGUUCUGCAUCUUCUACUUCGUAUGCUAAGAAAGCAUUUAAUAGGAAACCAAUAGAGGAAGAAAGCACAACUAAAACUCUUAACACUGUUAAGAAGGUUGUGGCUCUGUUGCACAUGUUCUUAGUGUCUCAAUUAGGAUGCGGUAGCGAACGGGUGCGAAGGAACUUCAAGAAAAAUUCUUUACAUAAUUGGCGUGAUAUAAGAACAAGAUUAGAUAUUGCAGUUGAACACGUCAUAGAGACUAUCGCAGACAGUGAACGUCAUCCAGAAGACGAUGAUAACGAAAAUGAUUACGCUUCGGAUUCAGAUUCCACGUCGCAUUGUAACGCCAGAGUAACGUCUGCUGUAAGGAAGCACCUAGCAACUUCCAUACGUGAUUUAAUGCAACAUGGUUUAAUGUCUGAUGUGCGUUCUAAUAGCGUAGUGCCAUUUGUGGGUUGUUUUCCCCAAAGAAAUUCUUCUACUACUAAUUUAAUGCAUGCAUGGGAAUUAAUAUUGAAAUAUUAUGAAAUUAAAAAUGGUCAUCGUUACAAUUCUAGUCCAGCACAGAAAUUAUCCCAAAGUUUUAACCUAGAUCUUGCUGGUGGAAGAAUGAUAUCUUCCAAACAGAGCUUACUAACAACUAUUGGAAACAUUAUUGCUUCGCAUAGUCCAUACAAAAGAAGCUAUGAUUCCCAUUUUAAAGCAUUUAUAUGUGCAUCCUUAAAUGCUAACAAGCUUGUUACUUGGUUGAAACUUAUCCUGCAAUGUCAGUAUCUUCUUGAAAAUCAUUAUAUGUCCUGGAGUUAUGUUGUAAAAACAGGUUUCCAAGAUGCUUUUCAUACUCUCGACCGUCUUACCAGCUACAAAUUUGAUUUACCAGUUGAUCUGGCCGUAAGACAAUUUCAAAAUAUAAAAGAUGCAUUUUGAUCGCAAAGCGAAUCAACGUUCACAUUUAAGCGAGCAUGUAGGUAGACACUUUUAAUAAGCGAAGUACUCGAGAUACCAAAUAUUGCAAACAAGUAAAUAAGAAACAGUAUAUUUUAACCUUAUGUUGACGUUAUAAAAAUGUAUUUAUUACCUUUUAUUGUUUCAAAAUAUUCUUUAGUAAAAAACAUUACUUUCUCAUUCCCUGAGUACACGUUAGUAAAAGUUUGUUAUAUCGCGAUAAUGUAACUCUAAUGAUUUGAAGUAUCAGUAUUUCGGAGCUUCUCAGAGUUUGGAUUUUAAAUUAUUUUAUUGUGAGAACGUAAAGUAUUAUCGUUCUAUAAAAUCUGAAAGAAGAUAAUUUGUUGUGUACGGAGAUUCAAUGGCGAACUUAUAAUAUAUAUAACGUACAGCACAGGUAUAAAUGCAAUGCUGCCUGAUAUAAGGACUGAAAUAUAUUAUGUACCUAGUUAUUUUGAAGUACAUUUUCGGAUAUUGCACGUCUUCGAUAAAAUAGUACAUCUGCGAUACUAAAGGUUUUAUUUAUACCUUUUAAAAAAUAGUCUCGUAAAUUUAAAUCAAGUUUAUACAACUGAAAAGAACGAUUUUCACUGUGAUGAAGAUUAAUGAGAGUAUAAUACUGAAUUUUUUCAUAGUAACGGUAAUGAAAGUCUUGUUAUUCUUUACUAGAAAAUCAAUUGAAACCAAAGAAUCAAUCUCUUUUUUUCUUUUUAGUAUAUUAUUCUAUAAUCGAAAUGAGUAUAUUUUUUUUACUUUAUAGUUUGAGCACCAUAAGUAGAGUUAGUGAACGAAUAAUUUCGCAGUAACAUAUCAUUCAAACAGUAGCUAAGUCUAAUAACAUAUACCAAUGUAUGCCAUGAGUAAACUUUGAUGUUGUAAUAUAUUGUCAACAUUUUAUCUUGGUUAUGUUUUGUAGAACUUUAUAAUUGAUACGUGUAUUUAUUUACACAGUUAUAUGCACAUAUUGUUCAUAUAUUGAUAUAAUUGUGUAAGUAAAACUUUAGUUAGCCAUAAUUGGUAAAAGAAAAGUUUAAAACAGAUUAUAUUUGAUCUUGUUUUACUGUACAGUGAACCGAACAAACUUGUAUAAACCGUUAAAUUCGUCUAUGCAGUUACAAGUAUGAAUAUUAUAAAUAUUAUAAAUAUUUCUUUCAAUGGUACAACACAUGCUUCUAAUUUUAUGACUAUUGAAUUACACCACUUGAGAAAAAGCAUACAGGUUCCAGACUCUACAUAUAUAAUAAUAGAACACAUGUAUUAUUUUUAAAUAGUUAACAAUUUACCGAAUAUAUAUAUAUAUACAUACAGUUACAUGCAACCAUUGUAUCGCGUGUAUGAUACAUCACAUGUAAGAUAGUUUUAAGGAAAAGUCAAAUGUAUUAUACAAUAUAAAUAUCUGCUUUUUAUAUACGUAAUAAUUUGACAUUAGUUUAUUGAGAAAAGAUAUGCAAAAAUAUAUUUAUGAAACAACA